AUGUCGACUAGCUCUACUGAAAUUUCUAGUGUAGGUAAGCUACAAACUAUGUUGUUUGAGCCUGGUUUAGCUUGUACUACUGUCAAGUUAAAUAAAACCAUUGAAAUUGAAAAACCACCACACCAGCAAGCACACCAGGAGAUCUUUUCAGCACUUAAGAAUCAUAUCGAUAACAUUAAUAAAGAUACCUGUGAUGCUGGUGGCGAAAACUCAUUCUUUGUUUGUGAUUUGAGCGAGAUUGAGAGAGUCUAUAAAUAUUGGAAACAAGAGCUACCGCGUGUGAAGCCGUUUUACGCCGUUAAAUGCAACCCAAAGAUAGAAGUAUUGAAGACUAUGAAUUUUCUUGGAAUAAACUUUGACUGCGCUUCUAAGAAUGAGAUUGAAACGGUGUUAAAUUUGGGUGUUGAUCCUUCCCGGAUUAUUUAUGCCAAUCCAUGCAAGGCGGCUUCUUUUAUACGAUUUGCAGCCUCAAAGGGAGUGAGAAGACUAACAUUUGACAAUGUUGAGGAGUUACAUAAAAUUGCUAGAUUCCACCCAGACGCCGAGCUCUUGUUACGGAUAGCUACUGAUGACUCAACUGCGCAGUGUCGUCUCUCAACGAAGUUUGGGUGUAGUUUACCCGACGUGCCGAGCUUGGUUGCCACUGCUAAGGAGUUGAACUUGAACUUGAUUGGUGUGUGCUUUCACGUGGGGUCGGGGGCAUCUGAUUUCACAUCUCUUAUUGAUUCUGUUCGCGAUGCUCGCUAUGUGUUUGACUACGUAGCUAAGCAAACAGACAUGCCCGCUUUGCGCGUGUUGGAUGUUGGCGGAGGCUUCCAGUUUGAAAGCUUCCACGAAUCUGCUAAUUAUUUGAGCUCAGCCUUGGAUCGCUAUUUCCCUGAGCACAUGAAUGUUGAGAUUAUCGCUGAACCUGGUCGGUUGCUUGUGGCUACUGCAUUCACUCUUGCCUCUCACGUGAUUGCGAAACGCAAGAAUAGUGAUGGAAGCGCGAUGCUCUAUAUAAAUGAUGGUGUCUAUGCCAACAUGAACUGCAUAAUAUUUGACCACCAAGCAGCUAAACCCAUGGUAUUGUAUCACGCGGACAACUACCACUAUAUGGACUUCAAUUCUUCAUCGAAAAUUAAAACCCCGCAGUGCAGGAACCAGGUCUCUAUAUGGGGUCCAACGUGCGAUGGCCUAGACUGUAUAACCAACAGUUACCACUUGAAGUAUGAUUUGACGGUGGGGGACUGGUUGUACUUUCCAAACCUAGGAGCUUACACUUCAAGUGCUGCAACUCCAUUCAACGGUUUCGACCAGGCUAUUCAGGUGAUAUAUAUUAAAACAGGACAGAAAUACGAUUCUCCUCUAUAG